AGAGGAUAAAGACGGCAUCUUUCCGAGUUUCCAACCAAAAUAGCCAAGAAUCGAAUGCUCUCCUCCUCCUCCACUCUCCGCCCCAAAACCCUAUCGCCGCAUCCAUCGAUCCUCUCCGAUUAUUCCAAUCCCUUUGUCCUCCUUAAGAAUUCAGGCUCUUCCCGGAAGAAUUUCAAUCCUUUUGCCAUGAAAUUUGGUAAGGAUUUCAGGAAUCAUCUUCAGGAAACGCUGCCGGAAUGGCGGGACAAGUACCUUGGUUAUAAACCGCUCAAAAAGCUCAUCAAGAACUUCCCCCGGUCCGGCGCCGCUGAGGUUCCGCUUGCCGCCGGUGGUUGGAUUAGCCUCGAGGAAUGGUUUGUGAGGAUUCUUGAUGAGGAGCUUGAAAAGAUUAAUGAUUUCUAUGUUGAUAAGGAGGAGGACUUUAUUAUUCGUCUCCAGGAACUCAAGGAGAGGAUCGAGAGAGUUAAAGCAAACAACAAUGGGGUUAUUUCACCGACAAGCAAGUUCAGUGAGGAGAUCUUGCAGAUUAGAAAGGACUUCGUCACCAUCCAUGGCCACAUGGUACUCUUGAAAAACUAUAGCUCACUCAACUUUGCCGGACUUGUGAAAAUACUAAAGAAAUAUGAUAAGAGGACUGGGGGUGUGCUUCGUCAGCCUUUCACCCAACGCGUGCUUCACGAGCCCUUCUUUACAACGGAACCAGUGACAAGAUUAGUGUCCGAGUGUGAAGCCAAUCUUGAGGUCCUAUUCCCACAGGAGGCGGAGGUUGUCGAAUCAGCUCCACCAGAGGCAAACGAUGAACAUGAGGACACAAACAAUAAUGAGCCUCUGUCAGUCGAGGAGGAAACCAUGGAAGUGUUCCGCAGUGUGCAUGCAGGAUUGAAACUAAUCCAAAUCCUUCGGAAUCCCAGCUCAACUUAUAGUCCUUUAUCUCUUGCGCGAUUCUUUCAUGACCAAGAUGGUGAUGGUGGUUCUGGUUCUGUUACCGCUGAAAAUUCGGCUGCCGACUCGCAAGAUGUAGCACAUGAUGAUGAUGAUGAUGCUGAUCAAGGGAGUGUAGAUUCAGGUGGCUAGCAGGUUGCAAGUUUCAUCAUGCAUGUUGAUCUACUAGCGUUGCUUUUUGGGUGGUUUUUUUUUUUUAACCUGUGUAACUGUCAAUCUUUUUUGGUGGUUUAUUUGUAUUUGUUCAGCAGCUGUGGGCAUUUGUAGAAUGUCAUCUUGAUGGAAAUUCCUGAUUGUUUGAAAUAAGUGCAGGAGUAAACUGAGGUCAAAAGGUCAGGGCUUCAGUGAUUUGUUGUUAAGGUGUUUGAAAAAUGUACCCUAGUGAAACUGAAAGUUCAUGUUUGGUUCUGUAUAUAAAUGACUUUUUUGCCGUAAAA